CCACCCCGCGAUCCCUUCGCCUCCUCCACACAUCACCAUCACAAUUCCAGUCAAACCUCUCCUCUCCUCUCCACGCCAAGGAAACUAGCCGUUGAGGCGCCGCUGCGUCCUUCCGCCCGCCAUGGACUCCGCCGCCACGCUGCUCAGCCCCGCCUCCGACGACCGCUUCUGGGACCGCCUCCGCACCCGCGUCGACACCAUCCUCGAGGACCGCCGCCUCGUCGCGCCCCCCGCCGCCGCCUCCACGUGCGCGGAGGAAUCCGAGCGGGGGAAGCGGCUCCGGGAGGACUCGCUUAUGCUGGUGCGCGGCCUCGACUCCGUCGCCGCCUCGCUGGCGCAGCUCUCCGACACUCUCACCGCCGCGCAGAAGGGAGUGAAUGCUCUCGCCACAUGCUCUUCCCAGGCAAGGGAAUGCGAGCGAGUUGCUGACGACAGCUUCGACGACGAGGAGCCGAAAGCCAAGCGGCAGUGUGGCUUGGCUGAGACCGCGAGCCUCGACGGCGAGACUCCGGCCGCCGGAUCAGACGCAGGUGAAGGAUCAAGCAAAGAAGCUGCUACGGAUGCGGCCAUUCAGGCCACUUCGGAGGUCGCUCAGAGCACCAAUCUGAAGCGUGCCAGAAAUCUGGCCGUCUCGAUGGCCGGCAGAGCCGCCUCUCUGGCGAGGGAGCUGAAGAACAUCAAGUCGGAGCUGCACUUCAUGCAGGAGAGGUGCGGUUUGCUUGAGGAGGAGAACAGGAGGCUGAGAGAGGGGUAUGACAAUGGAGCUCCUCCUGAAGAAGAUGACCUGGUGAGGCUGCAACUGGAGGCACUCCUCGCGGAGAAAUCUCGGCUCGCGCAGGAGAACGCCAACCUGUCCCGGGAAAACCAGAGCCUGAUUCAGCUGGUGGAGUACCAUCAGCUGACCUCCCAGGACCUCGCCGAGUCGUACGAGGACGUGAUGGAGGGGGUGCGGCUGGACUUCUCGUCGCCGCUGGGCAAGAUCGACAGCGACGACGACGAAGAAGGCGGCGAGCGCGAGGACCGAGGAGUUCCCGUCGCCCCGGCUGAUAAGUUGGAAGCGUUGGGGUCAGCUGAUGAGUAGAUGAAUCUGAGGAGAAUAAGCUGGGUCCUUUUCCAGUGGUGGAGCUACUGAUGAGUAACAGUAUGAUCUUCUAUUUCUGCUGUUGUAUUUUUGUUCAUUCAGUUUGGCCACUCUCGGUGGCCAUAUUUCUGUGAUCUAUUCCACUUUUAAUUUUGACAAUUGCAAAUGUGCAUCUCUGAAU